CCAAAAAACGCAAAAAACUGUUGAUACUAUUUUGACAUUUGCUUUGCUCUAAAAUUCGCAAUUCGUCUUUCGUUCACAUUCGUCCCGUCAAAACGUUAGAAGACGGUCGAUUUUUGAGUUCAGUUUUGUGUGUUUUAAUAAAAAUAAAAAGUGUUUUUGAAAAGAAAGGAAUUCUAAUAAAUAAUAAAAUAUUUAAACAAUGGGUCCACCAAAAAAGUCUAAAAAAGAUAAAAGUGGCGACAAAUUUGGCAAAAAACGUCGCCAGGAAGACGAAGCCUACACCCAAUUAGUUGAAGAUAAUGAUACUGCCGAAGUUGGCAACGAAUCUGAUGGCAUUCCGGGUGCCGCAUCCAAAAAUGCCGAAAAGAUCGAUGAAGAUAUCUUAGAAGAUGAAUACGGAGCUAAAGAUUAUCGCACUCAAAUGGAACUCAAACAGGACCACCACAAUCGUCCGCUUUGGGUGGCGCCAAAUGGUCAUAUAUUUCUUGAGUCAUUCUCCCCUGUAUACAAACAUGCACACGACUUUCUGAUUGCUAUAUCAGAACCAGUCUGUCGUCCCGAACAUAUUCAUGAAUACAAAUUGACUGCAUAUAGUUUGUAUGCUGCUGUGUCUGUGGGUUUGCAAACCCAUGAUAUUAUCGAAUAUUUGCGUCGUCUCAGCAAGACGAGUAUUCCCGAGGGUAUUGUCGAAUUCAUUCGACUCUGUACACUAUCCUAUGGAAAGGUUAAACUUGUCUUGAAGCAUAAUAAAUACUUCAUUGAAAGUCCUCACCCUGAGAUUCUUCAAAAACUCCUUAAAGACCCGGUUAUACAAACUUGUCGCUUAAAACGCAAAGAAGAAGGUGAAGGCUUCAUUGAAGGCCAAACCGAUACAAAGGCCAUCACGGCAUUCGGGUCAAAGCCAGUUGCUGGAACUAGUGCAGCUGCUGCAGCAACUACAUCAGCCACAGAUGCUGCUGAUGGAGCUGCCCCGGGAACAACAGUUGUUCCCGAUGAUAUUACAAAUUUCUAUGAGAAAAUAGACAACGAAGAAGACGAGGAUGAGAUCAAUCUGAAAACAGUCUCGUUUGAGGUGAAUCAGGAGAAAAUCGAAGUCAUCCAAAAACGUUGUAUCGAAAUUGAACAUCCUCUACUGGCUGAAUAUGAUUUCCGUAAUGAUACCCACAAUCCUGAUAUAAACAUUGAUCUUAAACCUGCAGCGGUUUUGCGUCCAUAUCAGGAAAAGAGUUUGCGAAAAAUGUUUGGCAAUGGUCGAGCACGAUCCGGGGUUAUUGUACUUCCUUGUGGUGCUGGUAAAUCUCUGGUUGGUGUGACAGCCUGUUGUACAGUGCGCAAGAGGGCACUAGUUCUCUGCAACAGUGGUGUCUCUGUCGAACAAUGGAAACAACAAUUUAAGAUGUGGUCUACUGCCGAUGAUAGUAUGAUUUGUCGUUUCACUUCCGAAGCAAAAGACAAGCCAAUGGGAUGUGGCAUUCUAGUAACAACCUAUUCCAUGAUAACCCAUACACAAAAGCGUUCAUGGGAAGCAGAUCAAACAAUGCGUUGGCUUCAAGAGCAAGAAUGGGGAAUCAUGGUACUCGAUGAAGUACAUACAAUUCCAGCCAAAAUGUUCCGUCGUGUAUUGACUUUGGUGCAGAGUCAUUGUAAACUUGGUCUAACAGCCACCCUACUUCGUGAAGAUGACAAAAUUGCCGAUUUGAAUUUCCUUAUCGGUCCCAAACUUUACGAAGCCAAUUGGUUGGAAUUACAAAAAAGAGGAUACAUUGCUCGUGUGCAGUGUGCUGAGGUAUGGUGUCCCAUGUCGCCGGAAUUUUAUCGUGAAUACCUGACCACCAAGACUUCUAAAAAAAUGCUCUUGUAUGUAAUGAAUCCUUCCAAAUUCCGUAGUUGUCAAUUUUUGAUUAAAUACCAUGAGAAGCGUGGUGAUAAAACAAUCGUCUUUAGUGACAAUGUGUUUGCUCUCAAACAUUAUGCCAUUAAAAUGAAUAAACCAUUUAUUUAUGGUCCCACCUCGCAAAACGAACGAAUUCAAAUUUUGCAGAAUUUCAAAUUCAAUCCGAAAGUAAACACCAUUUUUGUAUCGAAAGUGGCCGAUACUAGUUUCGAUUUGCCAGAAGCUAAUGUAUUGAUUCAAAUCUCAUCGCAUGGUGGUUCACGUCGUCAGGAAGCUCAACGUUUGGGUCGUAUUUUGCGAGCUAAAAAAGGAGCAAUUGCAGAAGAAUAUAAUGCAUUCUUCUAUACACUCGUUUCUCAAGAUACAAUGGAAAUGAGUUAUUCACGUAAACGUCAGCGUUUCUUGGUCAAUCAAGGUUACAGUUAUAAAGUGAUAACACAUUUGAGUGGCAUGGAUACUGAACCGGAUUUGAUGUAUAACACACGAGAGGAUCAAGCACAAUUGCUGCAACAGGUCUUGUCGGCUUCAGAUUUGGAUUGUGAAGAUGAAAAAGUACCUGGUGAACCGGGAUAUCGUCCGGGUGGUGUCAAGAGAGCUGGUGGAUUGGGUUCGAUGUCGGGUGGUGACGAUGCCAUUUACUAUGAGUAUAAACGGAAAAAUGCUGGAAAUAUUCAUCCGUUAUUUAAGAAAUUCCGUGGAUAAACUUUUUUUGUUUCUUUUUUUUUCUGAAAAUAAAAUUAAUUUUUGAAGAUUAA